GCGACCUCGUGCAUUUCAUUACACCAGAUACUAUGACAGAACACGAGGAUAAGAAAAGCCGAAAAAUUCCGCCAAAUUAUCUUGUUUUUGGUGCGUUUAUAGGUAUAUCAGGUCUGUCUUUAAUAGCAGGAUUCACAUAUAGAAUAUCAUCUUUCAAGAAGGUCAAUCCAUUACCAUUCAUGCAAGCAAUUAAUCAGGACAAAACUAUGCACGAAUCUGGUAUACAUUUUGCUGCUCGUGCUCUUGGAGUAGCAACAAUUAUAACUACCUCAUCACUGGGAGCACUGUCUUUAUGUACGUGGUACAUUAUAAACCCAGUGGAUAGAAACGACUUUAAUGAACGUAUACGAAAUGUAUUCCCUUAUAGAUGGAAGAUAAAAUCAUCAGAUUAUAGUUCUGAAAUUAGAACUUUCGAAGAGCUUCCAUCCUUAAUAAAUGAUUCUGUAAAAAACAAAUGACGAAUAAUCAUUACUCCCGUCUGCAACUUAUUAUUCUACUUGUCUGCAUGAAAUGAGUGUUUUGAUCCUAGUAUUUCUAUGUCGUUAGGCUGUAAUUUCGUAAGGUCUCUGGAUAAAAUUUCAAUGAGUUCUACUGAACGAUUUCUGGCAUCCUUCAGAAAGCUAUACGCUCAGGUGUAAUUAUGAUGGGUGGCCUCAACGCUCAUGUUCCGAUUUGUGUUUUACUCCGUUGAUAUUGACUGUCAAAUGCAAC